AGAUUUCCUCCAGAGUUUUCUUUGGAGAACCUGGGCCUUGGUUCAAUGGGUUGGACAUGGAUGGCGAUAAAACAUCCGUUUUCCAUGAUGUGGAUGGCUCAGUGUCAGAAUAUCCUGGAUCAUACCUUAUCAAGGAGGACAAUUGGCUCAUUAAGCAUCGAGACUGCAUUGAAGUUCCAGACUGGAGAGGAUCCAUCUGUAGUGGAAGCUAUGCACAGGUGUACAUCCAAGCAUAUAAAUCCUCCAACCUGAAGAUGAAAAUAAUUAAAAAUGAUUUCUACACACACCCUUUGUAUUUAGAAGGCGCCCUGAGUAAGAGUACCCAUUAUCAACAAUAUCAGCCUGUCAUCACUUUGCAGAAAGGCUACACCAUCCACUGGGACAAGGCGGCUCCUGAGGAAUUGACUAUCUGGCUCAUCAAUUUCAACAAGUUGCUGUUUCUCAAACUGAAAGCUCAGCACGAGAAGGAGCCGUUUGCUUUCUGUUCCAACCGAGGCUGUGAACGCAUCAGGAUCAAAGCCAAUAUCCCCAAGCAAACUGGGACCAGUGACUGCGAAGCGCUGGCUUACCCAAAAUAUGCCGAGAAGCCAACCGUGGACGUGCCGAUGCCCAAAAAACUGCCCAGUGCACACAUGAUCAAGAAGGAUCAUUUUGUAGAGCUAAAGAUAGAGAGCUACAAGACCAAAUAUUACCAUCUCAAGGAUGACUUUGCCUAUAUCUCAGUUGAUGGCAAGUCAUUCUACCUUUCUGAAGAGGGUAUUCAAGUAGUCGUGAUUGAUGGUCACGAAGGAAAAAUUGUUAACCGGAUGAGUUUCAAAAAUAUUAUUCUACACGGAAUCCCAGCUCAGAUCAUCAAUUAUGUCAACAACAUUCGAAACAAUUCUAUCGUGGUAAUGACCUCAAAGGGAAGAUUUGUUUCAAGAAGUCCGUGGACCAAAGUGCUGGAGACCCUUGGAGCAAAACCCGGUUUUAAAUUGAAAGAUAAGAUGGCUUUCGUUGGCUACAAGGGCAGCUUCCGGCCUUUCUGGAUCAAGCUGGAGACCGAUGAGGACGCCGUGAGAAUCUUCCAAGCGCUGCCCGUUCCUGUGGUCAAGAAAAUGAAACUCUGAGGAAGCAUCUCCUCUUUCGAAAUGUCCUCCAGAGAACAAGGAUGAGAGGAAUGGUGGCUCCUCUAAGGUGUAAUAUAUUUUGUUGCUGUACAUAAGAGAGAAGAUACUGUAAAUAAGCCUCCAGCUUGAACAACCAACAUUCCUUAGCCAAAUGAGUCUACUUUGGUUUGAUCUGUUUCGAUUACGAACAGAUUCUCUGACUUGCUAGCAGGUUGAGGGCCACAGAUAUUUUCUUUUUUAAUGGUCUCCUCUCAUCUCAUCUCCUUUCUAUGAAGCCACCUUGGCCGCCUCAUGAUUGAUUCGUGGAUCACUGUGGUCCUGAAUUAAUUGGACGUACGGAAAAUGCUUCUUCUUCUUCUCCAAUUCAACCUUUCACUCAUCUUGAAUGUUCAAAUGCAGACUCAGGAAACGAAUCCCAUUUUUACGUGGUACUGCUGCCUAUGUAAAUAAGGACGUGUAAGCUGGAGUCAAAAGGCAUAGCUGAGCAAGACCAAAUGUUCAGUAUUGCUAGGCUGGCCAACGGGCACCGCAAAGGGUGGGCAAGAGAGGGGAAUUUGUAUAGACGGACUUCCAUGCCUCAUUCAAAUACUAGAAUAGCCUCAAGCUUGCUAAUUACACUAAAGCUAUUGCUGAGAUGGUGGGAAAUCUCACACAAGAACAACAACGAAGAUCCAGUCUUAGGAAACCGUAGUUUAUGAAACAAUUACUCUGAGUGUACGGGAUAUAUUUGGCUAAAGAGGAACGCCUUGCCAGUGAUGGUUAAAACCUUUUCGGCAUCAAGUGCCGAAACUGGUGCGAGCAUGUAUGCAUACCGGAGCGCCGGAACCUGGAAGAAAGCAGCUGGCUAGUGUCCAUGCAUGCGACAGAAUCUGGAAGAGCAGCUGGCAAUGGUGCGCAUGCCCACAGAGAAAGCUCUGUAUGCCACCUCUGGCACAUGUCAUGAGUUCACCAUCACGACUCUAGCCUGUUCCUAGCCUGAAAGAUGCUACUUCUUCCCUCGUACUCAUAUUUAAUAACUGAAACUAUAUUUUGCUCUAGGCAAACAGGGUUAUGUAUAUCUUCCCUGCCCACACUUCCUGGAUCAGAAAGCUUCCAAUCUCAGCAACCAUUGAGCGGGAAUAUUGUACGAUAACGAUAGUCCUUAAGGGCAGCUUCUCCCGCCUCUGCCCUUCUGUACAGGUAGUCCUCGACGUACGACCACAAGGGAGCCCAAAAGUUCCGUCGCUAAGUGAGACACUUGUUAAGGGGAUUUUUGCCCCGUUUUUCACCGCCAUUCUUGCCGCAAAUUGUGAAGUGAAUCUCUGCAGUUGUUAAGU